GCGCAGUCACUACAGCCUCCGCGCGUCUGCGCGCCGCUUAGAAAUAGACGCGCGGGCGGAGGACGCGCACUGCGCGGAGAUGAGAGCCGUCGCUUGUCCUGGAGCUGCAGAAGAGCCGCUCAGAUCCGUUCACCCCUCCAAAGCUGGGACUGCUCUCCUCCGCCUUCAGCGGGACAUCACGCACCUCCAGGAGUCAUGCUGCUCCGUCAAACUCCUGGGCUUCUAUCACCUCCUCGGGUUGGAUUGAGAAGAGAAAGUUCCGUUUGGAAUUGAAGCCUACGCACUUAUCCUUUUGGGCUCUUUUGACCACCGUGAAUGAGAUCUUGGCACUCCUGUUGUCUGGGUGACUUCAGAGGAUUUUCUGGUCUCCGUUUCUUUCCUGCAUGUUUUUGGAUUACAGGAGAUAUGCUGAAUUUAUUGCUGGUCAGUCUGUCCGUGUUGGUGAAUCCAGGACACUCAGUGGACGUGUUUCGAACAGGUGUGGCCCCCCGCUGUGAGAACCGGGCCUGCAACCCCCGCAUGGGUAACCUGGCUUUGGGUCGCCAGGUUUUGACACAGACCGUGUGCGGCAACAACGGCACUGAGCUCUACUGCUCCUACUCAGACCCCAACUCCAACCUGGCCUGCAGCGCCCCCAAGUGCUCCAAAUGCAACGCCGGCCUGCCUCACCUGUCCCACCUGGCGGGGUCCAUGUCUGACUCCUCCUUCCGCCAUCCAAACACCUGGUGGCAGUCUGCGGAGGGGGUGGAGUCUGAGACGGUGCAGCUGGACCUGGAGACGACCUUCUACUUCACUCACCUCAUCAUAGUCUUCCGCUCAACGCGGCCGGCAGUCAUGACCCUGGAGCGCUCGCAGGACUUUGGACGGACGUGGGAGGCGCUGCAGUACUACGCCAGCAACUGCACCACCUCCUUUGGGCUGCUAGAGAGCAAGGGGGUCCAGGACAGACCCGCCUGCACCUCCAAAUACUCGGGGGCUUUUCCAUGCAACCGAGGAGAGGUGAUCUACCGAGCCCUCCCAAAGUGGAAGUCCAUGGAUCCAUUUGGAAUGGAGGGCCAGCAGCAGCUCAGAGUGACCAACAUCCGAAUCCAGUUGCUGAAGCAUCAGCCGUGUCCAUGCCAGGCCAAAGUCCUCGCCUCUUCAAACAGAAAACCUCUUCCUACUCGCCAUUUCGCCAUUUAUGACCUGAUAGUGAAGGGAAGCUGCUUCUGUAAUGGCCAUGCUGAGCAGUGCGUGCCUGCACCUGGAUACAAGCCUGUCAGAGACCGGACCAACCAUGUGGUUCAUGGGAAGUGCGUGUGCAGACACAACACUGCAGGUGAGCACUGCGAGCGCUGUGCUCCUCUGUACAAUGACCGGCCCUGGCAGCCAGCUGACGGACUGACAGGAGCUCCACAUGAAUGUCGGAAGUGCAAGUGUAACGGGCAUGCUCAAAGCUGCCGCUUUGACUGGACGGCGUGGCGGGAGUCUGGCCAGCGGAGUGGAGGCAUAUGCGAUUGUCUGCACAACACAGAAGGUCGUCAGUGCCAGAAAUGCAAAGCUGGCUUCCACAGAGACCCUCGGAGACCCCAAACGGCGCCGGACUCCUGCAAACCAUGCAGUUGUCAUCCAAUGGGCUCCAUACUUUACAACUCAACUGACGGAUCAACAUGCGACCCCUCCAACGGAAACUGCAUCUGCAAGCCUGGAGUCGGCGGGGAGCGUUGCGACAGGUGCAUGGUGGGAUAUUGGGGCUUUCAUGAGUACGGCUGCCGCCCAUGUGACUGUGCAGGAGACUGCGACCCGUUUACAGGAGACUGCAUGUUUGGGCCUGAUUUGGACCCGAACAACCUGGAGGGAAACUCCAGUGAGGCGUCCAGGAUCUUCAGAACGGACGAACUCUUCUCUGCUUUCCAUUACUCAGAGAAAUGUGAAUGCAAGGAGCAAGUGCUGACCAACAGCAAACUUUUCUGCACCAUGAACUAUGCAUACGUGCUGAAGGUGAGGGUCCUGACGGCCCACGACAAAGGCACCCAUGCUGAGGUGGAGGUCAAAGUUCAGAAGGUGCUCAGCCCGAGCAGCAAGAUGAAGAUACAGCGAGGUCGAGUUACUCUUUACCCCAAGUCCUGGACUGCACGGGGCUGCACCUGCCCCAUCCUCAACCCAGGUGUGGAGUACCUGGUGGCGGGUUACUUGGACCGCAAACAGGGCCAUCUCCUGGUGAACAUGAAAAGCUUCGUGAAGCCUUGGAAAGCCAGUUUGGGCCGCAAAGUCCUCACAAUGCUGAAGAAAGACUGCAACUGGUAGAUGGACAAACGCUGCACCCGAGGAAGGAGUUCCCUGACAGAAGAGACCGUUUCUGAUUUUGAAAAGCCCAGCGACUUUUUUUCUCUUCGUUUAUUCUUCUUCCUGACUCAACAAGGAUUUGAAUAAAUCCCAGUUUUGGAGAACUGAACUGAGAGGACUGAACCCUCCAUCUCUGUCAAGAGGGAGAACAGCAGCACAAAGCACCAGCUGAAGUAUGCACGCACGGCUUUGUUUUAUAAAAACAGACGUCUUGCAUCUGAUAAAACGUUUCUUCCAGUGUGGGAUUCCAGAAAGAAAAUCCUCCACUGUUUCUGUUGCAGAUAUCCAACCACAGUGACUGAACAAGGAUUGAAUCCUUCAUGUACUCUUUCUCCUCUGCAGCACUUUAGCCUAUAAGAUGGACUGAGAAAACACAGACACACAAAGAAAGAAGGAUUUAACUCCCACUCAAAUCACACUAUAGAUACACCACGUCCAUUGUUCCAACAGUGGACACACUCUCAAAGAGGCAGCAGUGUGUAAGUAGUUCACACAUGGUGCAAAGCACACAGAGGGACGCUGAACAAGCCAUACAUGCCACUACAGGUGGAUAAAUCUUAGUCAAUCCAGGUGCGCCUGUGUUGAAAUCGGAGCGAAUGGGUUCUGCCCUGGACGCAAAUGUAUUUGCCUUUUUUACUGUGUGAGACUGAGGCGCUACGAUACGAGCACAGCUCUUUGUAAGUCUGAAUCCAACACAUGUCCUUUGUACACUGCUGAGCUCCUGCUCCUACCUUUGUGCUCUUGUACUGUAUUAUUUGUAUAUAUCUAAAUAAAUAUUAUUUCUCAUU